CCGCUGUGUUCUUCCGCUGCCGGUAGAUUGAACGUGAAACAGCUAAAGAAGAAAAGCAGAAGUGCCACCUUCGGUCCCAGUAAACAAAGAUUCGUUUUGUGUUGGUAUUCGGAACCACAGCAGAGAUAACUAAAUACUAUCGAGGCCACAGAAGUAUAAAUUCUGACCAGUUUUAGGUGAGCCAGGAUGGCGGUGAAUGUUUAUGCGACGUCAGUGACCAGCGACAACCUGAGUCGGCACGACAUGCUGGUGUGGAUCAACGAGUCUCUCCAGAUGAACCUCACCAAGAUAGAAAUGUUGUGUACAGGCGCCGCCUACUGCCAGUUUAUGGACAUGCUGUUCCCCGGCUCCGUGCCUCUGAAGAAAGUCAAAUUCGGCGCCAAGUUGGAGCACGAAUACAUCCACAACUUCAAGCUUCUGCAAGUUGGUUUCAAAAAGAUGGGCGUGGAUAAAAUAAUCCCAGUCGACAAACUGGUGAAGGGGAAGUUCCAGGACAACUUUGAGUUCGUCCAGUGGUUUAAGAAAUUCUUUGACGCCAACUACGACGGAAAGGAGUACGACCCUGUGGCGAUGAGGCAGGGCCAAGAGACCAUGCCCAUGAACAGUCCCACCACGUCUGCGCUCAACAAGCUCCCCAAGAAGACCCUCAACCAAGCUACCCAGAAGCCUCCAGUUGCAAAAGUUGCUCCCAAGUUGGCUCCUGCUGGGACCCGAAAACCGGGAAUGGGAGGCGGCGAUGAAGAGAGGGCAGAGCUUAUUAAUGAGAUAGAGAUUCUGAAAUCUACCAUUCAGGACAUGGAGAAGGAAAGAGACUUUUAUUUUGGUAAGUUGAGGAACAUUGAGCUGAUUUGCCAGGAGAAAGAAGGCGAAGGCGACCCGACGCUGCAGCGGAUCGUCGACAUCCUCUACGCCACAGACGAGGGUUUUGUAAUACCGGACGCCGAAGAGCAGGAGGAGUUUUAAUCCGAGCGUCUCCUCCACCUUAUCAAGCCACGGCGGUUUGGUUUCGCCAAGCCCUCUCUAUAAUCAACGAAGCCUCUGUCUCCAGAACCAGAACCCAACCCCCAGCACUGCCCUGUAAUCCAGUCCUUCCCAGAACCAGACCCACGUCGGGAAACACCUGGUUUUUGCUCCGGACUCGAGUGUAAAAAGCAUAAGCGAUGUUGUGUGCGUGUGUGUGUGUGUGUUUAAAAGCCUGUUGGAUGCAAAUGAAGAAUCUCGUCCUGAUGACCCGGUCGACCCGCCGGCGCUUUUCUCCAAACUAACCCUGAAUGUUUCAUUUCUGACCAUAAAACUCUUGAGUUUCAUGUCGUAUUUUAUUUCCUACAUGUUUUUUUUUUUUUCAUUGUUUUCUGUUCGUUUCGAACCAAAACAAAUUAUUGGUACGACGGCAUGUUUGGGCCGCUGUAAAUUAAAAGAAAAAAGAAACAGUAAAUUUCUACCUAAACAUCUAGACAUUUUGAGAUUAAUCUCAGAAAUUUUAUAAAAAGAAAAUAAUGAAUGAGUUUCAAAAAUGUAGCAUUUACUAGAAAGAAACCUGAAAUUUUCUCCAAAAAAAAGAGAAAAGGAAAAGAAAUACAUGGAAACGUCUGAGUUUCAAUAGUAUAAAAUUUCCAGCUAUUGAAACUCAGAAGUAAGCCUUUUGUAGAAGAUUUAUGACAUUAGUCUGAAAUUUAUUUUUUUUUUUCCUAGAAUAUUUUGGACACUUUUGGAACUAAGAAAUUUCGCCUUUUUUUUGUUUGUUGUUUUUUAAGAAAUCUUUUGUUUUUUGUCGUAAAUUUACCCUUUUUAUCUUUAAAGUCUUGCUCGCCGCCAUGGAUUUGGAUGUUUUGAUGAUGAAAUGGAUUUGGUUUCCCUGAACCUGCAGUACUAACGCGGCCACCAGGGGGCAGCGGUGGGGCGCUAUCUGGCUGCUUUAAUUUCAUUCCUUCAUGUCUGCUGGUUUUGACCAAAGCGCCCUCUGGUGUCCUUUCCAGGUAUUGCAGCUUCUUGUAACCCGAAUCAAACCUGAAUUUGCCAGGAGGCUUUCUCCUCCUGGAUUGUUUUGAUUCCUCCAUGAAGUAAAGAUAAAAGAACACGCUCUGCGUAAAUUCAGACUGAAAAUCUUCACGUUUAGUUUGGCACAAAGCAACAGGCUUGUCUUCAUUUGGUGCAAAAAUCCAGUCUUCUCGUUUUUCUUCCUUUCAUGCCUUUAUGUGUUACUGCGUGUUUGUUUUUACAACCCACCAGUUCUCUCAAAACGCUCAAAAUUUCUCAGUUUUAAAAAUGUGGAAUUCCUAAAUCCAGGAACAAAAUGUGGCUUCAUCUUUUGUUUAAAGUUGAAGGAGACGGUGGAGCUGAACUUAGUAGAAAGUGCUGACCGCUCCUGUUCACCUGUAGCCUUUAAGAUGGCCUCCUCCAUAAAAUCUGGGAAUAUAAUGUAGAAAACAACCAGUUCUAAUCAUAUUUAAUCUGCAUUCUGGGUUCAGUUGGAGACCGUUUCUUUAGACUAAUGUAACUUUGUCACAUUUCUUUCUAAUUUAACCAAAACACUGGUGUUUAGUCCUGUUAGUGGAACGUUUUUCUUUUCAAUGGCCUUAUUCACAAAAAUAUGUUUGUCAAAAAAAGUUUUUUAGGUUUUUUUUUCUGAAUAAAUGUGUGGUGUUGAAGCUCCAAACACUGCCAAGAGGAGUGGAUGCAGCCCAGAGGCCUUGAUUUUCUCUAUUUAUUACUACUUGCCUUCACUACGAGCAAACCGUAUGAAAUUACAGAACAGUUUUUUAAAUUCUUUUCUAUCAAAAAUGUGAUUUUUUUAAACCCGGUUUGUAAGCAAAGUAAAUUUUGUCUUGUUAGAUUUUCAUUUGUUUACCUGGUUACGAUAUUCAAGCUGUAUUUUGGAGAGAAAAAGUCGAGCAGUUACACUUUUGUCGGACCAAACAUGAAGCCUGAAGGAAAAAAUUUAAACUCAGAAACAUUUCAGGCUGCAAUUAAAACCUAAUAAAGAAUCUCAAUAAUUU